GAUAUCAUCUUACUCUGCCUGUGGGUUGUCCUCUUCAUCACGGGCAUGGCCUACCAGCUAACCCGUGAGCGCUCAGGACCUCCCUUCCACCCUCCAAGUCUGGCGUCUUGGAGAGCCACGAAAAAAAUGGCCAACUUUGUCUUCGAUAAGGUCUUUGCCUGCUUGCCCAUGGACCCAGACCCUGGAGGUGCAGGCAUUGAGGACCAGCCGACAUGGAGGCUCCGGCUGAGUUACUGCUUCAGGUUGGUCCGGCAGAAGGUCACCUGCAGGAAGCGCGAUGAGACGGAAUCAGGCUACGAGAGUUUCCAGAGAGUGCGGUCCAUGUCUCAGAGUGUUGACGAACCCGAUUCAGAGUUUUCGGCAUCGCUAUUCACAAGGAUUAAGGAGAGGAUCGAUGAGUGGGUUGAGAGUAUCCGCUCACGCUUCAGAAGAGAGGACGAGGAAUUGCUGCAGCAGACAGAGGUUUCACCGGAGAGGAAUGAGGAUGAGGAGCAGCUGCAGGACGUGUCAGUUUCAUGCUGCAAUUUUCGGAAGAGUCAAGUGGUACUUGAUGAUGCUUAUACUAACAGUAAUGCUGAACAAGAGACAUGAAAAAACCUCUUUUGAUUUCCUUCUCUCUUUUUCUAUUUAUACAUAAUUCUCCUUUUCUAUUUUGUUCCUUGUAUAAUUUUCCCCUUUUUUUCAUUUAUUUUUCGUUUAUCGUGAUUCUCAAAUGAACUGUACAGAGAAUGCAGUAUUUUAUGAUUAGUUGGUACAUUGUAAUUGUAAAUGCACAGAUACCAGAAAGAUCAGAAUAGACAGGUAUUUCACAGACCUGGUGCUUUUUCGCCAGUGAAGGUCUCAAUGCAUUAUUUUUUUUAGGAUAUGUGUUAAUUAUAGAUAAGUAUAAAAAAAAG